AGUCGUGUGAUAGUUGGUAGUUGGAAUGCAUUUUUCUGGAAUUCAUUUGGGAUUGAUAUAAUCAUUUUCAUUGUCACUCAAGUCUAUGAAAGAGCUGGCGCGUCAGGAAAUCGGACAUGGCAGACCUUCGUUCUUACAGGCGGACAAUACUGUGGGUCUCCCUUCUCUGCCUCACAGUCACCGUUGUUGGAAACCUGCUCGUCUACUGGCCUUCGCUUUUGAACACCUUCCACGCACCAAAGCAGACCAACGCCAGCAUCCCUGUCAAUGUCACCAACACCACGAUCCUGAUUUUUAACUGGGCGUUUUGGAAGAAAAAGGACAUAAGGGGAAAUGUUUGCAAAGAUAGGUUUGGCAUACCCAACUGUAUUUUGUCAGAUAAACGGUCGUUGUUCUCUAAGGCAGAUUUUGUUAUUUUUCACAACCGUGAGGUGGUGCUUGGACAACAGAAUUUGCCCUUACAUUUACACCGUCCAAAAAAUCAGGGGUGGGUGUGGUUCUCCUUGGAACCCCCAAUGUUCAAUUACAAUUUGACGCCUUUAGCUGGCAAGUUUAACUACACCAUGUCUUAUAGACGUGAUGCAGACUUCUUUGUGCCGCACGGCAGGCUGGCACCACGGCAAGUUGCACCUGGAAUGACAGUUGAAGAUGUCAUGCCAAAAGUCCAGAAGUCUCAUUUGGCUUGCUGGAUUGUGAGCAAUUCAGCACCCCAUUCUAGGCGAACAGCGGUAUAUAAUCGAUUGAUAAAAGUCAUCAACGUGACCGUUUACGGACUUCACCACACACCCUUGAGUCGCAGAGAGACACUGCCCACCAUAUCUCGCUGCUACUUCUACCUGGCCUUUGAGAACUCUGAAUUCCUCGACUACAUCACAGAGAAGUUGUGGACAAAUGCCCUCCAAGGGGGAGCCGUGCCGGUGGUUUUAGGCCCAUCCAGGCAGAACUACGAGGCCAUGAUACCAAAAGAUUCCUUCAUUCAUGUGAACGACUUCAGUUCUGUAGAGGAGCUUGGACAAUUCUUGAAGCAGCUUGCCAGGGACAGGGAACGCUACGCCUCGUAUUUCAAAUGGAAACUGAACUACACGGUGGUGUUCAGCGACUGGGACGCCUGGCUAGUGGAAGCUCCGUGCAGAAUUUGCACAAAGCUCACCACUUUACAAAGACCCAAAGUGUAUAGGGAUUUACAGUCUUGGGUCUACAUAUGAAAUGA